AUGGAGUAUAAUGGAAGAUAUAACAGAACAUCGGAUGAAAAAGAAGAAGAAGAAGAAGAAGAAGAAGAAGGAGAAAUGGAACAGGAAGAUCAAGAAGAUGAUAAAGAUGAAGAUGAUCGAGUAGAACAAAAAGAUCAAAAGGAUCAAAAAAAAGAGAAAGAAUUAAAAAAAGAAGAGGUUGAGAAAAGGACGAAAAAGGACGAUACAUCAUCGCACAAAAAAUAUUACAAAUGUAAAUACGCCGUAGAAAAUUCAAGUAGAUUUUCUUUACGUGUUAUUGAAGCGAUGCGUUCUCUUCAGAGACACGAAAACGUUUUACCGAUAUCGUCUGUGAAUGAAAUCGUCGAUUACAUAGCGAAUAAUUAUAAUAACGACGGAGAUCUCUAUGCUCAGGUUCGAACAGCCUUAAAACAACUUUGCACCGAAGGAAAUAUAUUGGAUGAUAUUUACAUUUGAUCUUUAACAGAUUCGUUAUUGAAGUAUUGAACGAUGAGUAUCAAUUGAUCG